UUCUCCAAAGUUUUUCUUUUCUCCAGUGCAAGUGCCAUUAACAUCUCCGUAAAUUCGAAGCAACCAACGGAAACAGAGAGAAAAGCUCCACAGACAACGUUUCUCGGGCCUCUCUAAUCAUUGGCCAUGGGCGACGAACACUCUCUCAGCCCCAAGGAUAGUUUUGUCUUCAAGCUCCCUAAAAAAUCCCCACUUGUGUUGAGGAUGGUCGUUCUCUCGUUUGUGAUGGUCUGUGCUGUCUACAUUUGCUCAAUCUGUCUUAAGCAAAUCGGUGUCGUUCCCAGUGCUGGUUUCUUGAACGUUGAAGUGUUUGAGAGGCCUUGUCCUGAGCCUAACAUCGAACCAUGGGACAUUCCAUAUGUUCAUUAUCCUAAACCCAAGACAUAUAGCAGGGAGGAAUGUUCUUGCAAUCCGGUUAGGUAUUUUGCGAUUCUCUCCAUGCAGAGAUCUGGUAGCGGCUGGUUUGAGACUUUACUAAACAACCAUACUAACAUAAGCUCCAACGGGGAGAUCUUUUCGGUUAAAGAUAGGAGGGCUAAUGUCUCCACCAUUUUCGAGACCUUGGACAAAGUGUAUAAUCUAGAUUGGUUGAGUAGUGCUUCUAAGAAUGAGUGUACUUCUGCUGUUGGUUUGAAGUGGAUGCUUAAUCAGGGUCUAAUGAAACACCAUGAAGAGAUAGUAGAAUACUUUAAAACCAGAGGCGUCUCAGCUAUAUUCCUCUUUAGGAGGAACCUCUUGCGCCGGAUGAUUUCAGUUCUGGCAAACUCUUACGAUAGGGAUGCUAAGCUAUUGAACGGUACUCACAAGUCCCACACUCAUUCCCCUAAAGAGGCUGAGAUAUUGGCGCGCUACAAACCAGUAAUCAACACAACCCUUUUAAUAGGUGAUCUGAAGAAGGUUCAAGAGAUGACUACAAACGCACUUUCUUACUUCAAUACCACCCGCCAUAUCUUCCUCUAUUACGAAGAUGUUGUCAAGAAUCGAACCAGACUAGACGAUGUGCAAGAGUUUCUAAAAGUGCCUAAACUCAGUUUAAAGAGCCGGCAAGUGAAGAUUCAUCACGGUCCUUUGUCACAGCACGUGCAGAAUUGGAACGAGGUUCAGACGACACUGAAAGGGACAGAUUAUGAGAACUUUCUACUUGAAGAUUACCGUAAGUGAAUGAAUUAAAGACUUAGGAGAGAGUGAUGUACAUAAAUCUCUCUCAGAGAGUCAAUCAUCAACUUGUAGGAAAGUUUUGCUAGUGCCACGAACAGGUUUUGCAAAAUCUUUUUAUCUUUUAGUUUUCUGUCUUAAUCAAGUUGAUAGAUUUUAUAUUUUAUUCAUUCUUUUAUCAGGGAACUAAGAGUGUUCUAUUUUAAUCGGAAAAGACUGAUCUGGUUCAUCCUCUCUUAAUUUGCUUAUAAUGAUUUAUUUAUUUUUGGGUCAAAAUUUGCUUAUAAUGA